GCGGGAUUUAAGAUUAAACGGGUGGUUAGAAAGGUGGUUCCCUUGUUUCGUCGGGCUGACAGAAGAGAGCUGCGCUGCUCAGGUAGUUACCGGUAGUACUGUAGGCUCCCGCUAGUCAACCUAGCGACACUUCCCUCUCUACGUAACACCACUGGAGAGCGAGGCGGUGCGGAUCUCGGCGAUUCCUCCCCGCAUUAUCAUAUUCCGCUCAGGUCACCUUAUCUAUCACCUACCGGCAUUUUCCUUCUCCCGUCUCCGAAGAUGAUACCUGGCAAACGAGGAGCUACGUUCAUGUCCUUCUCGGUGGCGAUAUUUGGAGCGAUGAUGCUGCAGUACGUCUCUUCCCAGAACGAGCCACUGAUCACCACCUCUGAUCAUGCCACGCUUCCAGUGGAAGGCGACUCUCUCACGCUGCAGUGCAACUUGACCAGUGUCAACGGUGUCUACAAGGAGAGCUACUGGAUGAAGAAUGGGGAGGAGAUCCCCAAAUCACGCAGCCAGAACAAGAACACUGAGUACAGGCUGGACAGACCAAGAGGAGACGACGCUGGAUUGUACAUGUGUGUCUACCUCUUUGAAAUGGCUCCUCCAGCCAAUGCCACCAUCGAAGUUAAAUCUGCUCCUGAGAUUACAGGCCACAAGCGUAGUGAGAAUAAGAAUGAAGGCCAGCGUGCUUUACUCUACUGUAAGUCUGUGGGCUAUCCUUACCCUGUCUGGACCUGGCGCAAGUUUGACAAUGGCUUUUUUAGGGAAAUUGACAACACAACUGGACGUUUCUUCAUCAACAGCAGAGACAAUUACACUGAGCUCCAGAUUUUCAGCCUGGACAUUAGUUUAGAUCCGGGCGAGUACCACUGCAACGCCACCAAUAUAAUUGGCAGCCGUGACGAGAGCUCUCUGCUGAGGGUUCGCAGCCACUUGGCCCCCUUAUGGCCUCUCCUGGGAGUUCUGGCCGAAAUCAUCAUCCUGAUCGUCAUUAUUGUUGUUUAUGAGAAGCGUAAGAAGCCAGACGAUCUACAAGACGACGAUGACCCAGCUGGACCAGUGAAAACCAAUUCAACCAACAACCACAAAGACAAGAACCUCCGCCAGAGGAAUACAAACUGAGCGGCCUGUCUGAGUUUCAUUACACAUUUAUUGACCAUAUGAAGGUAAACAGGAAGGGAGCUAUACCAGUUGUUGAAAGGAUGUAUCAGCCAUUGAAAGUACGGCUGUGGAAGAAUUAAAUGAGGCAUGCCUUAUGAUUUUACUGUGUGUGGGUGUGAGAUCAGGAUGUACUCAAACCACUAUAGAAUUAACAUUAUAACCAUUGUUGCUGCAUGCAGUUGUUGUCUAUGAUUUGAUCCCUUUUAUUCGCUAGGUUUUACGACUUCUAAAGUAAUGCAUGCAAGAUGUUGACUUUCUGUUUGAUACAGAAAUGACUUUGUGUUCUUUUCUCCGAGAGUGGCUUCAUGUAGAUACUCUGUACUGUGUGUUCUAGAGGAAAAACAAUACUCAGCAAUGUAAAAGAAAAUGCCACUGUAAUCUGGUAUGACAGUUUUGUACAGUUUUAUCACCCGCUGCAUACCAUUUUCUAGGUUUUAUCAUUUUAUCAGACAAUAUCUUUUACAUUUUAAGGGCUUUGCAGUGUCCCUCUAAAUUUGGCUAAGGUUUACUUUACUGUAUGUAUGUACUUUAUGUAUUAAAUCACUAGAUAUUUAUCAGAUCACCAUUAACAUAAAGGCUAUUCAUAUUGUAUGAAGCACCUAAAUGUUAGGAAUAAUGAAAUGACUAUAAAUAUACUUUAGGAACUCUGUACUCAUCAUUCUAUCAUAGUAUUUUAUAAUUAUGUGUGUUGUACAGCAUGGCUAUUAUCCUAUGCAAUUAUUAUCCAUAUCACUAUAUUGAAAAUCAUUACAGCUUUUGAUUUUUCUGUGACAAAGCUUUAAACUAGUAGGAUCACAUUAGAGCAUCGAUGGCAAACUACACAGCUGGAUGAAUUCUCUACAGUUGACGUGGGAGGCGGCGAAGAAAACCCCACAUCAGGACUGACAUGUGAAGCAAUUCCAAGAUCCGCAGUCAUUUUUAAGAAUAAAUAUCUCGAAAAAGAAA